AUGAAGCUAGAGAGGGCCAAGGUCGACGCCGAGCUCGAAAUCCUUCGUCAUGAAAAGGAGGCAGCUGCGGCAGAGGCGCAUGCUGGUGCUCUCGAAGCAGCCGUGGUCCAGGAUGGCGGGGAGAGCUUGCACGCACUGCCGCUGCUGCAUCCCGAUCAGCGCACUGCGGAUUACGUACAGAGCCAAGAGGCCGCGCACGCGCCAACGCAUCGACAUUCUGAGCUUCAUACAGAAGACAACGCUCCCCGUGAUGACCUCAACAGCAGGCGGAACGACGGUGCACAUGUUCAUCACCACCAGACUGUCCAGCAGGGUAACCAGCUGUCCGUGAACUCUACGGCCUCAAGUGACGCAAGUUCCGAUCUGACCGGAAUACUGAAGUUCCUCAGCCGAAGAGACCUUCUCUCUACGAGCCUCACUAAAUUUGAUGACUGUCCGGCCAACUUUCGAGCAUGGAAAUUGUCAUUUAGAGCAACUACGCGUGGCCUUGAACUUUCUGCUCAGGAAGAGCUUGACUUACUCAUUGCUUGGUUGGGCCCGGAGUCAUCAAUGCAAGCUAAUAGGCUAAAGUCAGUUUACAUACAUGACUUCGAAGCAGGGCUGAAGGCUGUCUGGAAAAGAUUGAACGACACCUUCGGAAGCCCUGAAGUCGUGGAGGAUGCGCUGAUGAAACGCUUAGAAGCUUUCCCACGGUCAUCGGGAAAAGACAAUGUGAAGCUUCGAGAACUCGGAGACUUGCUACUUGAAUUGGAGGCAGCGAAAGCGGACCCGUACUUGGCAGGACUGAAGUACUUUGACACUGCGCGAGGCGUGAACAGCAUCGUCUUAAAGCUCCCACCGGGCCUCCAGGAGAAAUGGAUGACCGCAGGCUCAAGGCACAAGAAAGAGAACGAAACGGCGUUCCCACCAUUUUCUUUCUUCUCGAAGUUCGUGAGAAACGAGGCUGAGGUGAGGAACGACCCUAGUUCCUUUAUACGUACAAACGAUGCCUUGUCGGAUCACCAUCCGAAAAAAGGAAAACAAGUUCCGAGAAACUCCUGCGGUGGAGCAGUGUCAGCGAGGAAAACCGAAGCAGACGUCAUUCCAGAAAAGAAUGAUACGGGGCCGUUGAGCGUCAACAGUGCUAAGGAAUCAGGGAGCUUAAACAAGUGGUGUCCAUUCCACAAGAAACCCCACUCUAUCGAAAGUUGUCGUGCGUUCGCCAAGAAAAGCGUCGAUGAGAGGAAGGAUUUCCUCAAGAAGCAAGGAAUUUGCUUCCGUUGUUGCAAGUCGACGAGCCACAUUUCAAGGCAAUGUCACAUCCCUCUGAAGUGCUGGAUAUGUAAUUCGGCUAAGCAUCACACAGCGCUUCAUCCCUCAGACACGAGCACCUGUGAACCAUCUGGAGCCGCGGAAGACGAGGCCAACGCUCAAAAACCUUCAGGGGACGUCACCACCACACGUACUGAAGUAUGCAAAAGUGGUGAUGAGAGCAAAUCGUGCGCAGAGAUCUGCCUUGUGAAGGUAACUUACAAGUCUCAGCCACUGAGAACGGUCAAUGUCUAUGCCAUUUUGGACGACCAAAGUAAUCGGUCACUGGUCAGAUCUGAGCUCCUGGACGUCUUCCGUGUAGAGGGGUUUCCGACCAACUACACCUUGACAACGUGCUCAGGAACUACCGAAGUCACCGCAAGACAGGCCGAGGGAUUCUCAGUGCGGGGCGUUACAGAAGAAAUCAGCCUUGAGCUUCCGCCAUUGCUGGAGUGCAACGACAUUCCUAACAACAGAAGUGAAAUACCAACUCCUCAAGCUGCCAAAUGUUACCCACACCUGAGUCCCAUAGCAGACUGCAUUCCACCUGUGGAUCCUCGAGCACAGAUAUGGCUUCUUCUCGGUCGGGACGUUAUUGCAGCACACAAGGUGCGCGAGACACGCAACGGGCCACGGAAUGCUCCGUUCGCUCAGAAACACGACCUCGGCUGGGUGAUCGUUGGGAACAUUUGCAUCGGCCGUGCACGGAGGCCAAGCACUGCAAGUGUUCUAAAGACUCAUGUGUUGUGUGGUGGUCGACCAUCUAUCCUAGAGCCUUGUGAAUCUCACUUUACUGUAAAGAAGAGCAGAGUUCUUCAGCCUAAAGGUGGGCCAUGGUCUGGGUCGAGUGCCUUAUCGGUAGCGGAAGUCAGAGACAGGUUUGCCGAAACGCUGUUCGAAACAACCAAAGAAGACACCGAACUUGCACUGUCCAUAGAAGAUAGAAAGUUUCUUGAGAUCAUGGAUAAAGAGUUCGUUAGAGAUCGUUCGAAUAGCUGGGUAGGUCCUCUUCCAUUCCGCACGCCAAGGUGCCGCCUCCCGAACAAUAGGCAGCAAGCUUGGUCUCGCCUCCUGGGUCUGCGUCGCACAUUGUGCAAGAACCCCGAAAUGAGGGAACAUUUCGUAGCUUUCAUGAAGGACUUGUUCUCGAAUGACUACGCUGAGGUAGUUUCACCGCUCGCUGACUUGAGGGAAUGCUGGUAUUUGCCCAUCUUCGGUGUCUACCACCCGCAGAAGCCUGGGAAGAUCAGGGUUGUGUUUGACUCCAGCGCGGAGUACAAGGGAGUUUCGUUGAACAAUGUCCUUCUAACGGGACCGGACUUCACCAACAGCCUCAUCGGAGUGCUAAUACGCUUCAGAAAGGAGCAGGUAGCGGUGAUGGCGGACAUACAGCAAAUGUACUACAACUUCCUUGUCCGAGAAGAUCAUCGCGAUUUCCUCAGGUUCUUGUGGUUCAAGAACAAUGACAUAUCGGAAGAUAUUGUGGAAUGCCGAAUGAAAGUGCAUGUCUUUGGAAAUAGCCCAUCCCCAGCCGUAGCAAUGUAUGGGCUUCGACGAACAGCCCGAGAGGGCUCACGUGUGUUCGGAGAGAGGGCAGCGAAGUUUGUGGAGAACGAUUUCUAUGUCGACGACGCACUGAAGUCCGUUCCCACGGAGGAAGAGGCGGUCGAGCUACUGCAGAAGGCGCAGAAAUUGCUGGAAACGGCCAACAUACGGCUACAUAAAAUUGUCUCAAAUAAUGAGAAGGUACUUGAGGCUUUUCCCGUUCGCGACCGCGCGGCAGACCUCCGGGAAAUUGACUUCACCAAAGACACAUUGCCUGCGCAACGUAGCCUAGGGCUACUGUGGAACGUGCACGACGACACGUUCCUUUUUCGCACUCCACCUGAAGACAAACCAUGCACACGUCGUGGUGUUCUCGCAACGGUCAACGGCUUGUAUGACCCAUUGGGGUUCGUGGCUCCGGUGACUGCACGAGCCAAGCACUUUCGACGCGAGAUAACAGCCGACGGAUAUGACUGGGACAAACCGUUACCACUUCACAGAGAGCAAGAAUGGGAAGACUGGAAAAGUUCUAUUGAAACGCUGGAGAGUCUUCAAAUCAGAAGACCGUAUGCACCGAUGUCGGUUUCAGAAGCUGAGCGCAAGGAGAUCCACAUUUUCUGCGAUGCAUCAACACAAGCUGUCGCAGCCGUGGCGUACCUAAAGGUCACCGACAAUACAGGAAGACACCACGUCGGAUUCCUAAUGGGGAAAGUCAAGUUGGCCCCCCUAGCUGAGCUUACCAUUCCGAGACUGGAACUGUGUGGGGCGGUACUCGCAGUCGAAUUGGCUGAACUUAUCCAGCGGGAACUGGAUCUGCAACCAGACAUGCUGAAGUUCUACAUCGAGAGCAAGGCCGUAUUAGGCUACAUACACAAUGAAAAAAGGAGAUUCUACGUCUAUGUGGCAAAUAGGGUGCAUCGCAUUCGCAAAACGACGACGCCAGAGCAGUGGAACUACAUUCACACUAAUCAGAAUCCUGCAGACCAUGGCACAAGAAUGGUCUCGGCGACGAAACUCGGACACACAUCGUGGUUGAAUGUUCCGGACUUUCUUCGACAGGGUGAAGAAACUGUGUUGCAGCCAUCGCGUUCUGCUUGGUGUCUCCAGAUGAAGAUAAAGAUGUGCGCCCAGAAGUUAACAGCUUGA